AUGCCAGGACUCGUACGAGGCACCAUCCGCUACAACCUCCCCGAUACGUCUGUCCGACCGGAGGACCGUGGACUGUUCUCUGGCCCGGCCCAUCACCAUGCCGAGGACGUAGACGUUGAUCUCUACGACCCAGAUACUGCACCUGAAAUUGUGCAAGGACCAGAAGGGCUUGAUAUCCAGGGCUUCACCUACGUCAAGGCCCCUUCGACUCUCAGCGAGAAUGAGUGGCUCGAAGGCACCAAUGUGGAGGAAAAGUACGUGCCUGAGGUAGUGGAGUUGGUGAAGCGAGUCACGGGUGCGAAGACGGUUAUUGUGAACCAUCUUGGAAUCCGCAAGCGUCUGGCUACGAAUAAUGCCGACCCCAAGUUCUAUCGCAAGGCUGGCGAUAAGCACGAUGAUGCUGUGAAGCAGUUGACCAAAGGCGAAUCUGCGUGGGUCAAUGGAAGAGCAGACGCAGGUCUGGAGCCCGCACGCCACGCCCACUGCGACUACACCGUCCGCGGGCUGAAGCGCACAGCGCGCUACUGCCGAACCGACAUCAAAGCCGCCGCGCAAGCCGCCCUCGACGCCGAAGACAACAACACCGAACCCAAGCGCUACGCAGCCUACUCCGUCUGGCGGCCCAUCAAACCCGUCAAACGCGACCCCCUCGCCGUCGCAGACUGCCGCACCACCGACCCCAAGCACUUCCUGCCCGUCGAGUACCGAGCGACGAGCAACAUCACGGAAAGCGGCGAGUACAUGCUGGAGCAGCUGACGCAGACGCCCGAUGCGAAGAACUCGGGGCAGAGGUGGUACUGCAAGCCCAACCAGCAUCCCGAUGAUGUUUUGAUUCUCAAGUUCGCGGACACGGCGGCCGAGCGCGACCCGAAGCUCUCUGGCUUUUGCGCGCAUUGCUCGCCGAUGUUGCCUGGUGUGGAUAAUGAGGAGCCGAGGAUGAGUGUGGAGGCACGCGUGAUUGCCUUUUGGUAA